AUGCAGAUUAUCGAUUUCGGAUUCUCCUUCUCACUGUUCUAUGCCGUGCGAAAGGGUCUUGGCCUUCAUUCGAGCGAGAUCAGAAAGCAGGAUGAGCUCGCGUUCAACAAGGCCAAUUAUGCGUUCACCGUGCUCUACAACCCGGCGUUGAUGGCCGUCAAAACCUCAAUCCUGAUAUUUUACUUGACUUUGACUCGGAAUCAGAAAGUCUUUCGUUACGCAAAUUAUGUCACCUUGUUUAUCGUGAACGCCGCGGGCCUGGCAUUGACAUUGGUCAACGUCUUCCAGUGCAGCCCGCUUGGCGCAGUUUUUCUCUCCGACAUUCCGGAUUAUGCGCAUUGUACGGAUAUCGUCACGCUGUACUUGUCCUCCUCUCCGGUGAAUAUCAUCACCGACAUCGCGAUCCUCAUUCUCCCGAUGCCGCUCCUGACGAAAAUGCGCCUACCUUUCAAACAAAAGAUUAUCCUGGUCAUCACGUUCUCCUUCGGUUUCUUCGUGGCGGUAGUCGAUGUGAUUCGAAUCGCAUUCCUUCAACAAGCCGCCAUCUCUCGUUCGCUGGAAGUUAAAUCGAUCCACAUCCAAAAUAUCGGAGGAGUGGACUUUAGCUGGUAUGCGUCACUCUCGUUUAUGUGGUCUGUUGUCGAAGUCAACGUUUCGAUCAUUUGCGGCUGUGUCCCAAGUCUCAAGCCGCUCGUCACUCGGCUUGUCCCCAAACUUAUUAGAGACACAAACGACACGGUAACCUCCUCACCCCACGGAGGCUAUGCGCAUCCUGCAGGGGAAAUACCCGUGCCAACGACCCCUGCGGCGGUGGCACUAGGGUCUGAAUCCCCUUCCCCGGGCACGGAAGGCGACAAGAGUUUGCAAAAUCAUGUUGGAAGUGUCUCUGGGCGUCAUAGCUCUCGUGAGUCGGAACCAAUCGAUCUUUUGGAGUUUUUGGGCCAUCCUGCCACGGCAGUUGGCGAUACCGAGACCGUCACACACACAAGCACGAGCUACCCACCCGACAUCACGUUCUUUGACUUUGUCAACAUGAAGAAUCCAGAGAGCAUGCUUAAACUCAAUACUCGGGAGUCGAUUGCGCCAAUUGCCCUGACCACGCUCUUGUUCUUCCUGUGGGGAUUUGCGUACGGCCUGCUCGAUAUCUUAAACUCCCAGUUCCAGACCAUCGUCCACCUUGGCCCGUGGCACUCACUGGGUCUUCACGGUGCAUACUUCGGUGGUUAUGUGUUAGGGCCUCUUUCCGUUGGUGGUCCUGUCUUGAAGAUCUGGGGCUUCAAGGCCACAUUUAUGACGGGUCUUUGCAUAUACGCUUGUGGAACCCUCAUUUUCUGGCCUUCGGCCGUCCUCACUUCCACUCCUGCGUUCAUCCUAUCGAACUUCAUCGUCGGUUUUGGUCUAGCCGUUUUGGAAACGGCGGCAAAUCCCUUCAUCGCCCUCUGUGGUCCACUCGAAAAUUCAGAAAUCAGACUGAAUAUUUCCCAGGGUGUACAGGCAGUUGGAAGUGUCUUAUCCCCUCUCCUAGCCAAGAGGGUUCUCUUCAAGAGCGUCCAGGAUGUCGCAUCCCUGGUCGAUGUCCAGUGGGCAUAUCUCGGUAUCGCCUUGUUUGAUGUCCUGUUGGCAGUGGCCUUCUACUACCUACCUGUCCCUGAGGCCUCAGACGAAGACCUGGAGGAGUUGGCAAACCGCCGUCGCGAGGACAAUAUGACUAAGGUCAUCGGUAUUCCAGUGGUAUGGCUAACACUAGGCUUGGGCAUCUGGUCCCAAUUCUUCUACUGCGCCGGUCAAGAAGUCCUCGCAACAACUCUCAACCGUUACGUCCUCGCCGCUCAUUCAACAACCUCCCUUCAACCGUUCGACGUUCUUACAAUCGGCCACAGCGUCUUUGCCGUCGGUCGCUUCCUCGCUGCAUUUGCCCAAUGGUUCCUCAAGCCCCGCUGGAUCCUCAUGGUAAAUUACAUCGGCAUGAUCGUAUGCGGAGUUCUCUGCAUGUACACCAGCGGCUCCGCAGCAAUCGUCGUAGUAAUGCUUCUCUACCUCUUCGAAAGCGGCACCUUCAGCAUCAUCUUCGCCAUCUCCCUCCGCGGCACAGCACAGCACACCAAGAACGCCGCCAUCCUCCUCACAAUGGCCAUCAGCGGUGGAACCUACUUCCCAUUCGCCGAAUACGCAGCCUACCUAGCCCGCGGUGAAAACUACUCCUUCAGUGUCCUAGUCGCCCUCUUCUGCGCCGGCGCCAUAUUUCCCAUCUACCUCAACUUCGUCCCAGCCGUCAAGAAGCAAGUCGACCCCGUCCCCAACGAGUAUCUCCGCCGUCAUCGCAAGAGAACCCGUACCCACAUCGAUACCAUCCAGCGCGAUAAAGAGAAUCCCUCCCUUGGCGGCGUUCUCUCCCGUCCGCGCAGCAUGGUCUCGAAUCCAGAUCAUCUCCCUGAUCUUCCUCUUCCCGAGGAAAUUCAUCGCUCCUCCCUCGCGCAUGAUCUUAACGGUGAUAAAUCGACUUCGAGCUCGAGUCCGAAUUCCAUCUAUACGAGGGAUGAGGUCUCCAGGCGCUUCCCAGCCAGGAAUAAUGAUUCAUGA